AUCAACUAUACCUCCCCGUCCCCCCCUCUCUCUGCCAGUAUUUACAUAUCACAAUUUAUCCUCGCUCCCGAUUAUUCCUUUCUCUAAACUUUCAUAAUGUUCAGGAACAACUACGAUAACGAUGCGGUUACCUUCUCCCCGCAGGGUCGGAUAUUUCAGGUAGAAUAUGCGCAAGAAGCAGUCAAACAGGGAUCUGUCGUGGUGGGGCUGGUUAACAAGACACAUGCAGUUCUGGUCGGCCUAAAGCGAAAUGCCGAAGAGCUCUCCUCGUACCAGAAGAAGAUUAUCGAAAUCGACUCGCACAUGGGCAUCGCUAUCGCCGGUCUUGCAUCUGACGCUCGUGUGCUCUCCAACUACAUGAAGCAACAGUCACUCGGCUCCAGAAUGACUUACGGCCGUCCAAUCCCCGUGGACCGCAUCGUUACUCAGAUCGCUGACCGCGCCCAAACGAACACUCAGCACUACGGUAAACGGCCGUACGGUGUCGGUCUGCUCGUCGCUGGCGUCGACGAAGCUGGUCCCCAUCUAUUCGAGUUCCAGCCAUCCGGUAUGAUUCAUGAAAUGCUGGCCUGCGCCAUCGGAGCUCGUUCGCAGAUGGCGCGGACUUAUUUGGAGCGGAACCUGGACAAGAUUACAAACAGUACUCGUGAUGAGCUCAUUACCCAUGGCCUCCGGGCACUCAAGGAGACUUUGUCUCAGGAUAAAGAACUGACUGUUGAUAACACUUCUGUCGGUGUAGUGGGUCUUGCUGGAGAGGAAGGAAAGGGGAAGAUUGAGAGCUUCAAGCUUUAUGAAGGUCAACAACUCGUGCCGCUGUUAGAGGCUGUGGAGUCGGGAGAGACGAAAGAAGAGGAGACGAUGGAGGUCGAUUCGUAGGUUUCGAGGUUACGCCCAUAGAUAUGAAAAUAUUCGUCAUUGCAAUGCUGGAGAUUUGCAGCAGCUCCUUUUUUUCUCGGAUUGUUAUACGCAGGCAUUAGGACGAAAUCGGGAUAA